AUGUCGGGCGUGUGGCUGUUCCGGAACGGCGUGGUGCGGCUGGUGGAGAACCCGACGUCGGGGAACGCGGCGGCGGCGUCGGGCAAGCGCAAGGCGUUGCUGCACACGCCGUCCGGGGAGGUGGUCACGUCCUACGCCUCGCUGGAUCGCAAGCUGGCGGCGCUCGGCUGGGAGCGCUACUACGCCGACGACAACGGCGGCGGCGGCGGCGGCGGCGGCCUGCUGCAGUACCACAAGCGGACCUCCGUGGACCUCAUCUCGCUGCCCAAGGACUUUGCCCACUUCGGCUCCGUCCACAUGUACGACAUCGUCAUCAAGAACCGCGACGCCUUCCGCGUCAUCGACGCCUAG